AUGAGAGCCUUCAUACUCGCCUUGCUGGCCCUGGCCACUUCCCCUCUGGCCUUCGCGCAGGAAGACCCGGAACCUCUUUCGUCCUUCAUCCAAAGUUCCACCGUUGACGUGCAUUCAGGCAUUGCGAAGGCCCUGCGGUUCCUCCCCCAGUCACAUCCAGCCAUCAUGACGAGCAUGAAGAUCCAACGGUGGCCCCGACUAUCCCAAGCCCUACCGAUUCUGUCGGCUGUCAUCCCCAUGGCGAUCACUGCUCACGUCCCAUCAAGGCACUGUGAAGGGCCAGCAACUCCCACCACAGCAGCGCCAGUCCCUCCUGCGAUAUCAAGCCAGCAUGAUGAUGAUGGGCACGCAACAGUGACUCCCACUGUUCCAAGCCCCACGGAAUCUAUCGGUUGUGAGCCCCAUGGUGACCAUUGGCAUUGUGAAGGCCCUCACGAAACCGGCACGACUCCAGCCACGGAACCUACAAGCUCUGCUAGUGGGAGCCCAACACCGUCUCCACCAGCUGAGUUCGACGGGGCUGCUGGGACAGUGAGGCCAGAAGGACUUGCUUUCCUUGCGGUUGCGGUCGUUGCAGCGUACUAUGUUUGA